UUUUGAGUAUAGCUUACUUGGUAUUGUUGACAUGUUUGCGUCCUGAAAUAAUCCGAAGGUGAUCAUUCUUGUGUAUUUGUAUACAAGAACGCACAUGGAGAUGUCAAGGUUUACUUUGUGUCUCUUUUUCACCAUGAUCUUAAGUUUUAGUCAUGGAGAAAUAACUACAGAGAGUCCUUUGUCAAUAGGACAAACUCUCAUUUCCUCUAAUGGAGUUUAUGAACUUGGGUUCUUCAGUCCUAACAACUCCCAGAAUCAGUAUGUCGGAAUCUGGUUCAGAGGUAUCAUUCCUCGGGUGGUAGUGUGGGUAGCCAAUAGAGAAAAGCCUCUUACCAAUUCCACAGCAGUUCUAAGUAUCAGCAGCAGUGGAAGUCUUCGCUUAUUGGAUGAAAAACAAGGCGUUGUUUGGUCUAGUGGAGACACUUCUGCAUCUAACGGUUCUCGUGCAGCACUUUCAGACAGUGGAAAUCUUAUUGUCAUAGACGAUGUUUCGGGGCGCACUCUAUGGGAAAGCUUUGCUCAUCUUAGUGAUACUAUGCUCCCUUUCUCACCCUUGACGUGUAAUCUCACGACCGGUGAGAAGCGGGUCUUGACUUCUUGGAAAAGUUACACUGAUCCAUCCCCUGGUGACUUUGUGGCUCAGAUAACACCGCAAGUGCCUUCACAGGUGCUUACCACGAGAGGAUCAAAGCCUUAUUAUAGAAGCGGUCCAUGGGCUAAAACAAGGUUCACCGGGAUACCGCUAAUGAAUGAGACAUUAGCAAGUGAAUUCAGCUUUCCGCAGGAUGCAAACGGGUCAGCGUCUUUCUCUUUUGUAGGAAGAGACUCCAAAAUUUCACGUCUAAUUCUAACAGCAGAGGGCCAUCUUAAGAGGUUUCAACAUAGUGGGACCAAGUGGGAGGUAACUUACGAGGGUCCGACCAAUUCAUGUGAUGUUUACGGUUUAUGUGGACCUUUUGGGUUGUGUGUUACGUCAGUACCUCCAAAAUGUAAAUGCUUCAAAGGGUUUGAACCAAAGUAUAAAGAGGAGUGGAAAAGAGGUAACUGGACUAGUGGCUGUGUGAGGCGUACCGAACUACUUUGUGAAAGAAACUCUAGUGGUAAAGAUGUAAACGUGUUUUAUCCCGUUGCCAACAUAAAGCCUCCAGACUUUUACAAAUAUUUUGCAAAUUUGGAUGCUGAAGAAUGCUACCAAAGUUGCCUACACAAUUGUUCUUGCUUGGCCUUUUCUUUUAUUCGUGAAAUAGGGUGCUUAAUGUGGAAUCAGGGGCUAAUGGACACAGUGA